AUGGCAAGCGAGAUGAACACGUCGCCAGAGUAUACGGGCUACCGGCUAGAGGUUUUCAUAGCCGUGUUCACGCCUCUGACUAUUAUUGCAGUGGCUUUGCGAUUCUAUGCCCGUAGCCUGACUUCCAAGAAGAUUGAUUCUGGCGACUGGCUCAUCAUCGCGGCUCUGGUAGGACAGAUUGUCGCUGGCGGCAUCGCUAUUGGUGCAGUGAAACAGGCCGGAGUUGGACAUCAUGCAGCGUAUCUUGCCGAAACGAACCCCGAAACUCUCGUCGCCUUCUUCAAAUACCUGGUCGCCAUGUCCACGUGGUAUGCCACUACGGAAGGCCUCGCAAAACUUGCCGUGUGCAUCUUGUACAAGCGCCUGUUCCCACAGCGAGGAAUUCACAUGGUCAUCAACACAACAAUGCUCGUGUUAGUCGGCGCAUCCGUGGGCGGAGGUCUCGCCGACUUGUUUGGCUGUACGCCCUUCUCGGCGCAUUGGGGUACGGCGGAGGAGCAGGCGGCCCAUUGCGUCGAUACCGAAGCCUUGUUUGUCUGGGGCAGUUUCCCCAACAUCGUCACGGACGUUGUGUUGCUUGUCCUGCCCAUGCCGAUAGUUUGGGGCCUUCACGCGUCCGUCAGACUGAGGCUUGUCCUCGUUCUCACAUUUCUCUUUGGUAGCAUCUUUGGAGAACUCAUCGGUGGAGACAGCGGCCUCAUAACGUCGGUCCUUCGAUUCAUCGCCUUUUACAACAAGAGCUCCUUCAUCGACCCUACUUUUCACGCGGUUGAGUUGAUCAUCUGGACGGUUUGCGAGCCGGGGGUCUACCUCAUCGCCGCGUGCCUGCUGGUUUAUCGCCCCUUGCUGGAAAAGAUAGGGAUCCCCCUGGUUGGCGGCGUUUCCAGCCGUGGAGGGAAUCGGCAAGGGCCAACAGAAUUGGCGUUCCAAAAGCCGUCACGUCCACACAAUGGCGCUGCCAUCAAGUCUAUUGGCUCCGGGUCCAUUAGCGAGAGCGGAUUUGAGUAUAUCGGGGAUGAUGAUCAGAGGCCGCUCAGGAGACAGGGUGGCAUCACUGCGACGACCAACGUCGAGGUGACAUGGGCAGCGGGGUCUGCGGUGUAA